CUGAACAAAACAAAUUUUGAUUUUAGAAUCAGAAGCACACAAAGAUGGAAGAAAAGAGCGGCAGCACAAACCUGAAGCAAAAGGCUCUGUAUUACUACAGUGACAGUGACGACAAUGGCAGUGACAACAAUGGCAGUGACGCUGAGAAUACUGAUAAUGAAGAAGAAGACCUGAUACUGAAAAAUUUACUACAUAAGAUGAAUCUUGGUCCGAAGAAGAAACUUCUUGUGCUGUCUCCUGGAGUUUUGUGUCAAAAGAUCAGGACUUUCGACAAAAACAAACCAAGAAACUGCACUGCUGAUGCUAGAUUUGGCACCAUUCUUGUUUUCAAGAGACCCUACUGCGAUGAGUUCGUCAAAUUUUGUUUUGAAAGAUUUGAAGUUGGAAUUUGGUCGUCUGCAAUAGAAAAGAAUCUGAACAAUGUUCUGGGUUGUCUGCUAGGAGAGUUGAGAAGUAAGGUGUUGUUUGCUUGGGAUCAAGAAGAAUGCACUGAUUCCGGAUUGAAAUCGUUGGAAAAUAACGAGAAGCCUUUGUUUUUUAAGGAGUUGAGGAAAUUAUGGGAGAGCAAGUCACCAUCUUUGGGACAAUUUUCAUCGUCAAACACUUUAAUGAUUGAUGAUAAGCCUUACAAAUGUCUUCUGAAUCCUCCUAACACAGGAAUAUUUAUUGAUGAGUACAAGGCAGGCCUGGGAAAUGAUGAUGUUUUAGGUGAAAAUGGAGAGCUUAGGGUGUUCUUGGAUGGGGUAGCAGAAGCAGAUGAUGUAGCUUCCUAUGUUGAAGAGAAUCCUUUUGGACAGCCUGCGAUAACAUCUGAUCAUCCUGACUGGGGCUUCUACGCCAAGAUUGUCCGUCGUUUUGGCAGAAAAUGAUUUUGAGUAUGCAAGGGGGAAAUAGUUAUGUCUUGGUAGAUGACAUGCUGAUUCUAUAUGAAAUCAGUAAAAUAAUUAAAAAGUUAAAUGAAGUACAAAAGCUGUCUACCUUUGAUUAUAAGAGUUUCAGAGUAAUUUUGCUGCCCUGUCAAUGUUUUUU